UCUCGGCAGAGUGGGCGGAGCCAACGUCCCCUGGGUAUAAAAGCGCGGAGCUGGCAGCGGGACGGUCUCACUCCGCCGGCGGCAGCGCAGCGUGCGACCGGUCAGCGCUCAGCUCACACAGCGUAACACAGAGCACAGCAGGAUGGAAGAGGAGAUCGCAGCGCUCGUGAUCGAUAAUGGCUCCGGUAUGUGCAAGGCGGGGUUCGCCGGGGAUGACGCCCCCAGGGCCGUGUUCCCGUCCAUCGUGGGCCGCCCCCGGCACCAGGGCGUGAUGGUGGGCAUGGGGCAGAAGGACAGCUAUGUGGGUGAUGAGGCACAGAGCAAGAGGGGCAUCCUGACACUGAAGUACCCCAUUGAGCAUGGAAUUAUCACCAACUGGGACGACAUGGAGAAGAUCUGGCACCACACCUUCUACAACGAGCUGCGUGUGGCUCCCGAGGAGCAUCCGGUGCUGCUCACUGAGGCUCCGCUCAACCCCAAGGCCAACCGUGAGAAGAUGACACAGAUCAUGUUUGAGACCUUCAACACCCCCGCCAUGUACGUGGCCAUCCAGGCCGUGCUGUCCCUGUACGCCUCCGGUCGCACCACAGGCAUCGUUCUUGACUCUGGGGAUGGUGUCACCCACAACGUGCCCAUCUAUGAGGGCUAUGCUUUGCCCCAUGCUAUCAUGCGUCUGGACCUGGCUGGCCGUGACCUGACUGACUACCUCAUGAAGAUCCUGACAGAGAGAGGCUACAGCUUCACCACCACGGCCGAGAGGGAAAUUGUGCGUGACAUCAAGGAGAAGCUUUGCUACGUGGCCCUGGACUUCGAGAACGAAAUGGCCACCGCUGCUUCUUCUUCCUCCCUGGAGAAGAGCUACGAGCUGCCUGAUGGGCAGGUCAUCACUAUUGGCAAUGAGAGGUUCCGGUGUCCGGAGGCUUUGUUCCAGCCCUCAUUCCUGGGCAUGGAGUCGUGCGGCAUCCACGAGACCACAUUCAACUCCAUCAUGAAGUGCGACGUCGACAUCAGGAAGGACCUGUACGCCAACACGGUGCUGUCUGGAGGUACCACCAUGUACCCCGGCAUCGCUGACAGAAUGCAGAAGGAGAUCACAGCCCUGGCACCCAGCACGAUGAAGAUCAAGAUCAUUGCCCCACCGGAGCGUAAGUACUCAGUGUGGAUCGGCGGCUCCAUCCUGGCCUCCCUAUCCACCUUCCAGCAGAUGUGGAUCAGCAAGCAGGAAUACGACGAGUCCGGCCCAUCCAUCGUGCACCGUAAAUGCUUCUAAACGGACUGCUGGCGGGUGCACACACAGCAUCUGCUGCAUGAGUCGUCUCACUAGUAUACGUUUGCCCCGGCAAAUCUAUACACCUCAUGCCUAGCCUCAUAAAACUGGAAUAAGCCUUUACAAAAGCAACUUUGCCCUUGGAAAGUCUGAUGUUUAAGAUGUGUCAGCGCCGGGUUGUCGAGCUGGCGCUUGAUUUAACCUUGUUAUUUGAGUUCAUUUGGGUGCACCCAAAGGGGGAAAUACCCUGCACAGAUCUGUGUGAUGAAUUAAGGGGGGGGGGGCUGUGCUUUGUGUGCCCAGAUGUGUGCAGGGUAUUUGCAGUCAGGCUUCCAUCCAGUGCGGAGUUAUUCCAGAUUUGGUGUCGAGGCUGGUAGGAGUCCAUCCAUCCAUCCACCCCCCACUUCUGUCGCUGCAAGGUUGGGAAACAAACAACAACAUAUCUGCAUCCGAGCCUUAGAACCAGCCCAACCCCUCCCUAUCCCUAUAACCCUAUAAACCACCACCACGGGGCUGAGGUUCCUCAGCGUGGGUUGCUGAAACUUGGCAUUGACACCCUGUAAAUUUAUGCAUUGGUUUAAUUUAUGUAAGAUUUUCUUUUUUUUUUUUUUUUCUUUUUUUCUCUUUUUUUUUGUACGUUGCCUUAAAUGUUCUCACGUCGAUGAUGGUAGGAAACAGAAAAUUUUGGGGAAAGUCCAUCCUCUAUAAGGUUUGAGAAAUUAAUGCCCAACGACACCUCAUUGUGUAAGGAAAUAAUAAUAAAGGACAGAAACGCUGCAGUAAACUCCAAA